CUGGACUACGACGGCUCCGUGCUGCCCUUCCUGGGAGGGCUGAGCGGCAGCUACCAGAGGACCCUGGUGCUGCUCACAUGGAUCCCGGCCCUGCUCAUCGGCUUCAGCCAGUUCUCGGACUCCUUCCUGCUGGACCAGCCCGCCUUCUGGUGCCGCGCCGCGGACGGGCAGGGCAACUGGACCCGCGCCCCGGGGCCGCCGGGCAGCGGCAGCGGCAACAGCAGCGGCGGCCCCGGCGCGCUGCUCCCUGCCCUGCUGCCCACCGCCCCGCCGCCCACCACCCCGCUGCCCAACACCAGCGAGUGCCAGUGCCAGGAGUGGCACUACCGCAUCCGUGCCGGCCUUGUCCAGAACGUCGUGAGCAAGUGGGACCUUGUUUGUGACUCUUCCUGGAAAGUCCACAUUGCUAAAUUCUCCCUGCUGGUAGGAUUAAUCUUUGGCUACUUAAUAACAGGAUGUAUAGCUGACUGGGUUGGUCGACGGCCAGUUCUCCUCUUCUCUGUCAUAUUCAUUCUGAUAUUUGGACUGACUGUGGCACUCUCAGUGAAUGUGACAAUGUUCAGCACACUCAGGUUUUUUGAGGGGUUUUGCCUGGCUGGAAUAAUCCUCUCCUUGUACGCACUGCGGAUAGAGCUCUGUCCUCCUGGGCACCGGUUCAUGAUCACCAUGGUGGCAAGCUUCAUUGCAAUGGCUGGGCAGUUCCUCAUGCCAGGUCUGGCUGCCCUCUGCAGGGAUUGGCAGGUUCUCCAAGCUGUCAUCAUCUGCCCUUUCUUGCUGAUGCUGCUUUACUGGUAUAUUUUCCCAGAAUCCCUUCGAUGGCUGAUGGCCACACAACAGUUUGAGGCAUCCAAGAAACUUAUCCUUCACUUCACUCACAAGAACAAAAUGAACACUGAAAGUGAUAUCAAAGGAGUGAUGCCUGGACCCAUGCCUAACUCAGUGCAUAGGAUGGAUGAUGCUGUGGGAAGAAAGCUGUUGUCUGUAGGAUCCCUACCUCAUUUGUUGCAGAAGUUGGAAGGUGUAUUCUCACCUCAGACUUGGUGUUCUCUUCUGGCUUGUUGUAUUUCAGUAUUUGCUGACUUACUCAGCAGUGAUCUAUUGCUCUUUUCUGUUUCCUCUAGGCUGACUGGCUUUGGGAUACACCACUGUUUUGCAAAAAGCAUGAUGAGCCCUGAGGUGAAGAUGCCGAUCACCCAUAAUUUCUAUGCGGACUACUAUACCAUGGCUGGGAUUGCUUUGGCAUCUUGUCUAGCCAUGUGCCCGGUUGUUGGGUUUCUAGGGCGAAGAGGAGGACUGUUGCUGUUCAUGAUUCUAACAGCUCUGGCAUCACUUCUACAGCUUGGCCUUCUCAACUUAAUUGGAAAAUAUAGUCAACUUCCAGACUCAGGUAUGAGUGACAGUGUCAAAGAGAAAUUCUCUACUGCAUUUUCCAUUGUGGGUAUGUUUUCAUCACAUGCAGUUGGAAGUCUCAGCGUAUUCUUCUGUGCUGAAAUCACGCCAACAGUAAUAAGGGGAGGUGGGCUUGGCCUCAUCCUGGCCAGCGCAGGCUUUGGUAUGCUGACUGCACCAAUCAUGGAGCUCCAUAACCAGAAAGGCUACUUCCUGCACCAUGUGAUCUUUGCCUGCUGUACGCUCAUUUGCAUCAUCUGCAUUCUCCUCUUGCCUGAGAGCAAGAACCAGAACCUGCCAGAGAACAUCCCAGACGGGGAACAUUACACCAGGCAACCUCUUCUGCCACACAAGAAGGGGGAGCAGCCCUUGCUCCUGACAAACUCUGAACUCAAGGAUUACUCUGGUCUCCAUGACUCGGCCGCCGUGAGUGAUGGGAUGUCCGAGAAUGCCACCGCCAACGGGAUGAAGUCUAUGUAACUGGGUGGGGGGUUGGGGUUCUUUUCUUUUCUUUUUUUCUCUUUCUUUCCUUUUUUUGUUUGCUCGUUGGGCAGGAGAAGGAGUUCUCUGGGGUGGGGCUGCUUUUGCCCUGGUUUACAGACCAGUGAUGGAAGAAACAUGAGGAAAUUCAACUCUAGUGGUGAUGCCACUUAUUAUAGGAAUCUUCAUCUUAUGUUCCGAUUUGCUUCUGAAAAGCAUAUGGGAGGAAAAAACCUCAUCUGAGAUGCGAACUGGCUGGAGAUAGCCCUUCAAAACUUCUUCUUUUUUCCCCUGCCAUUGUGUAUAUUUAUUUUGAUUAUUUUUAAGAAGCACUUUAUUUUCUUUUCCUCUCAUUGAUCACAGAAAUGAAGCCAUCUUAUUUUAAGAGGUGUAACCAUUCCAAGAAAGCAACUGUGGGUUUUCUUAGAAUUUUUUUUUUUGCUUUGUUAAAAGGAAGCAGUAUCUCCGCUGCAAAGUUGAAUUCACUACAGCUUGGGUUCUUUCCACAUUAUUUCUGCCUUUCUGGAAGUCAGAACCUGCACACCUUGCCUGCUGCGUGGUUUGGACAAAGAGAACAAAACAAUCUGCUGUGACGCAGAGCCUGACUACGUUUAGGCAGCAUAAAUUCGGUUUUGAUAGUGAGCCCCUAUGUACUUAAGUUACUUUCCAAAUUAAAGUGGUGGAGUCCAUUUUUUUAUUGACGUAGAAGCAGUUAGGAAUAUACUGCCCCAAGAAGCCUAAUAUUUUUUCAAUCGGCAUCAGCCGUAUACAUUUUAAAUAUCCCAUUCAGCUCUUUUAGGAAAUUCCUGCAAGUGUUUAACAGCAACAGUAAUAAUAAUAUAAACAACUCAAAUGAAUUGAGCAACAGCAAUUAAAUUGGUUUUACCAUGUAUGGUUUUAACUAACAGGAGGUUCAAAAUCUGUAACUCUGUGUUCCAGAAGAAUAUUUUAGGUCAAAGGAGACAAAAAUGUAGGAACAUUGGCUAUAAUCUGUAUGCUUGCUCCACAAGCGAGUUAAACUGAAAUUUCCACUACUGCGAGAUUGGUGUCAUUGCAUGUCCUAAUUGUUUAAAGCCUAUUUUUUAAUUUAAAUGGCUUAAUAUUUAUAAACGUCUUUAAGAAGGGAAUGAAUCAACAGAUCAUUUGAAUAAAUACUGAAGAUGAAAAAGGAAAGGUCUGUUUAAAGCAUUGCUUGUGUAAGAAGGACAAGAUUGUUCUCCCUUGGAAGUGGUCAUUUUUAAUGCUACCUAACCACAACUGGAUUGUGAUUAAUAUAUAUUUUGCCCUCUCAUUUGCUGUUUUCAACCCAAGAAUCUACAGCAAAUGGUCACCUUAAUCCUAUCCAAAAAAAAAAAAAGCAAAAAACAAAACAAAAACCA